AGCGCUGUGCCAUUCAGUGGCUUCAAGACCCCACAGAUUGCAAGCGAUCGGUGGAAUGAAAGAAUCCAACACGCUACUAUUGAAAAGAAACCCGAAACGGUUAAGGGAGAAAGGUUUGCAGAACGUGGUAUCUACGACGUUUUUGACAAUUAUCAUGAUCCAUAUCCUUGCUGGAGUAAUCCGAAUGAGAUACCUAUAACCAGAGAAGAGAUUGAAUUGGUAUUCAUCGAGUUGAUGGAAAACUUUGGAUUUCAGUUGGAUAAUACGAGAAAUAUGUUUGAUUUCUUGAUGAGAUUGUUAGACUCAAGAGCGUCCAGGAUGACAGCCAACCAGGCGCUUCGUUCAAUCCACGCGGACUACAUUGGUGGAAUAAACUCAAACUUCAAAAAAUGGUACUUUUCAGCUCAGCUCGAUAUCGACGACACUGUGGGUUUCGCAAACGCCAAUAAAGAUGGUCAACCAAAGAGUUCCUACAAGAGGAAAAAUAAAGGCAAUCCGCUGUUUGAAUCGAAAAUCUCCUUGGAACAAUCUGAAGUUAGGUGGGUUGAGAAUAUGAGCUCUCUCUCAGCUUACGACUCUGUUGUUCAAGUCUCUAUAUAUCUCUUGGUGUGGGGCGAAGCCAAUAACAUUAGAUUUAUGCCCGAAUGUCUCUGCUUCAUUUUCAAAUGUUGUAAUGAUUAUUGGUAUGGCUUGGAGAAACUCAAAGAGGACAACGCUGACUUUAAGCCCCCUGAGUCAUUUUUGGAUCACGUCAUUACUCCGUUGUAUGAGUUCUACAGAGAUCAAGUGUAUGAACUUGUUGAUGGACGCUACAUCGUUAAGGAUAAAGAUCAUUCUUCCAUAAUUGGGUACGAUGACAUCAACCAGUUCUUUUGGUAUAGAAAGGGGUUGGAGAAAAUCCAAAUCAAGGAUUCGAAGAAAUUGUUAAUUGAGAUCCCUGUCCAUGAGCGUUACCUCCAUUUGAACAAUAUCAGAUGGUCAAAAUGCUUUUACAAGACUUAUAAGGAGAGAAGAACUUGGCUACAUAUUAUUCUCAACUUCAACAGAAUCUGGAUCAUUCAUAUUUCAAUGUUUUGGAUUUACACCUUGGCAAAUGCAUCUGCUCUCUACACAAAGAACUAUCAACAACUGUUGGACAAUAAACCGCCAAUGUACAUCACUUUGACUGUAUUGUCGUUGAAUGGGGCAGUUAGUACCUUAAUCAACUUGAUUGCAACGUUGUUGGAAUAUUUGUUUGUUCCAAGACGAUGGCCAGGUGCUCAAUCAUUAACAAAACGGUCUGUGUUGUUGACAUUAAUUUUACUGCUUUUGACAAUUCCAACUCUUUACAUCCUUGGUGUUUUCCCCGUGUCUAUUAAUGAAAAGGCGGCAAUGGGAAUCUCUAUCAGUCAGUUCAUUUUGGGAACGGUGGUUUCAAUCUAUUUUGCUAUCGCUCCUUUGUCGUCAUUGUUUGGAUCCACACUCUCUGGGAAGAGAGACACUCUUGCAAAUAUCAACUUUACCAAUUCUAUUCAUAAACUCAAAGGUAAGGCCCGACUCUCCUCUUUUGGUCUCUGGUUUGCUGUCUUCACAGCAAAGCUGAUUGAAUCAUAUUUCUUCUUGACAUUGUCGCUUAAGGACCCAAUCAGAGAGUUGAGCGCUAUCCAUGCAACUAGAUGUAUAGGCGAACAAUAUUUGGGCACCAUUGUUUGUCGUAUUCAACCAAUGGUUUUGUUGACAUUAAUGGUUAUCACUGACUUGGUGUUAUUUUUCUUAGACACGUACAUGUGGUACAUUAUUUGUAACACAAUCCAUUCUGUCUGCAGGUCAUUGUAUAUUGGUGUCUCUAUAUGGACACCGUGGAGAAAUAUCUUUUCUCGAUUACCAAAAAGAAUCUUUUCCAAAGUCAUGGCAACUACACAGGACAAUACUUUCAAAAGUAAAGUAUUGGUGUCUCAAGUCUGGAAUGCAAUCAUUGUCGCAAUGUACAGGGAACAUCUUUUGUCAUUGGAGCACGUGCAACGUUUGAUAUACCAACAGGUUGCACAGACAGAUCUCUCUGGAAACCAGACUACAACGUUGAAAGAGCCAAACUUUUUCAUGUCACAAGAGGAUGAGAUCAUGAAGUCUCCUUUGUUCGAGUCACAAUCUGAAGCACAGAGAAGAAUCACGUACUUUGCACAAUCGUUGUCCACUCCAAUGCCGGAUCCAGUACCUGUAUCACAAAUGCCGACAUUUAGCGCCUUGAUUCCACAUUUCUCAGAGAAGAUAACCUUGACGUUGAGGGAGAUAAUUCGUGAAGAGGAAGGCUAUUCCAACGUAACACUUUUGGAAUAUUUGAAAAAACUACAUGAAUCAGAAUGGAAAUGCUUCGUUCAGGACACAAAAAUGUUAGCUGAGGAAAAUGAUUUGACGAGCUCCUCAUCUUCUGAAGAUUACUCAGCUGGAGGUAAUAUUGCAGGUACAAAACAAGAGCCUGGAAACUUACCAUUUUACACCGUUGGGUUUAAGUCUGCAACACCUGAAUACAUAUUGAGAACUAGAAUCUGGGCAUCGUUGCGGUCUCAAACUAUCUACAGAACGAUAUCCGGGUUUAUGAAUUAUUCGAGGGCAAUCAAGUUGAUGUAUGACGUGGAGUAUCCGUUGAAGCGUUCUUCAGAUUUCGAGAGUGACGAACUUCUCAGAAUGGAAAAGGCUGCCGUCAUGGCUUUGAGGAAAUUUCGAAUGGUUGUAUCAAUGCAGAGAAUGAACGACUUUAGUGCUGAGGAGAGGGAGGAUAAGGAGCUUAUCUUGCGUGCUUACCCAGAGUUGCAAAUUUCAUAUUUGGAGGAAGAUGUAGAUCCACAUGGAAAAUUGACAUACUACUCUUGUUUGAUUGAUGGAAGUUGCAAGAUAUUACUGAACGGACAAAGAAAACCAAAGUACAGAAUCAGACUCUCCGGGAAUCCAAUUCUAGGGGAUGGAAAAUCUGACAACCAGAACCAUGCGUUGAUCUUUUGCAGGGGCGAAUACAUCCAACUUAUUGAUGCGAACCAGGAUAACUAUUUAGAGGAGUGUCUUAAAAUCAGAAGCGUAUUGGCAGAAUUUGAAGAGACUCAACUCGAAUGCCGGGAAAUGGUUUCAUCCGAAGAACAGCAAGAAGCAUCACCUGUUGCCAUUGUAGGUACAAGGGAAUAUAUCUUUUCAGAGAACAUAGGAAUCUUGGGUGAUGUUGCGGCAGGUAAGGAACAAACGUUUGGAACCUUAUUUGCAAGAACGUUGGCAAGAAUUGGAGGUAAGUUACACUAUGGACAUCCUGAUUUCUUGAACACCAUUUUCAUGACAACAAGGGGUGGUGUUUCCAAGGCUCAGAAGGGUUUACAUUUAAAUGAGGAUAUUUACGCUGGUAUGAAUGCCGUACUAAGAGGUGGAAGAAUUAAACAUUGUGAGUACAUGCAAUGUGGUAAAGGAAGAGAUUUGGGGUUUGGAUCCAUUUUAAAUUUCAACACCAAGAUUGGUGCUGGCAUGGGAGAGCAGAUGCUCUCUCGUGAAUAUUAUUAUUUGGGAACCCAAUUGCCUUUGGAUAGGUUUUUGUCCUUCUACUAUGCACAUCCGGGCUUCCAUUUGAAUAAUGUCUUCAUAAUUUUUUCUCUUCAGUUGUUCCUUCUGGUUGCUCUUAACUUGGCUUCACUUGUCCAUGAGUCUGUGGUUUGUGAGUACAAUCGUCACGUACCAAUAACCGAUCCAAGAAAGCCAACAGGGUGCUCCAAUCUUAUACCGAUGAUUAAGUGGUUAGAACGAAGUGUGUUCUCUAUCUUUACUGUAUUUUCCCUGUCAUUCCUUCCCUUAUGUGUACAGGAACUUACAGAGAGGGGAAUAUGGCGGGCUUUCACGAGGUUGAGCAAGCAUUUGAUGUGUCUUUCUCCCAUGUUUGAGGUCUUUGUUUGUAAGAUUUAUUCACAGUCCUUGAUAAACGACAUGUCAUUUGGAGGUGCGAGAUACAUAGCCACAGGACGUGGUUUUGCAACAGUUCGAGUUCCCUUCCACUUGCUUUUUUCCAGGUUCUCAUCUGAAAGUUUCUAUUUUGCAGGAUCUGCACUUGCCAUGUUGUUGUUUUGUUCUCUUGCAUUAUGGGAUAUUGCGCUUUUGUAUUUCUGGUUGACCAUGUUUGCACUUUUGGUGGCACCUUUCUUGUACAAUCCAAACCAGUUUGCCUGGACAGAGUUCUUUCUUGAUUACAAACGAUACCUUCAAUGGUUAUCGUCUGGCAAUUCAAGCUCUCAAGCUAAUUCAUGGAUUGGUCAUAUCAGGGCCAUGAGAAUACAAGGCACAGGUUCUAAGAGAAGAGCUACCAUGGAAGUUAUUGAAAAGAGAACUUCAGAUUUUAAGAAACCAUCUUUCGUCAAUAUGAUCUCAUCACAGAUCAUACCAUCUCUAUUGCAUUUCUCGGUUGUGUCUACCGCAUAUUUAUUUAUGAAUGCUCAAAACGAGGUGAAGAAUUCCAGACAGACAAAUCCGAUCUUAGGCAUAGCACUAUUCUCGCUAGGACCGGUUGUCAUUAAUGCACUUUUACUAUUGGCAUUAUUUGUUGUCUCUGUCUUGAUAGGUCCUAUCAUUUCACUUUGCAUUCCAAAAUUCCCAUCUUUGAUAGCUGCAGUUGCACAUACAGUGUCAAUAGUCGUAUAUGUUAUCACAUUUGAACUACUUUGGUUUACGCAAAAUUGGGACUUCAAGAUGGCUAUUCUUGGGAUGUAUAUUUGUACGUUGAUUCAAGGUAUAUUGUUCAAGAUUAUUACAACAACGCUCUUGACGAGGGAAUUCAAACACGAUAGAUCAAAUAAAGCAUGGUGGUCUGGUAAGUGGAUUGGCUCUGGUAUGGGCUGGAGAACGGUUACACAGCCCUUAAGAGAGUAUUUCUGUAAGAUCAUUGAGAUGAGUAUGUUUGUCAAUGAUUUUUUCUUGGGUCACUUCAUAUUGUUCAUCCAGUUUCCAGUUCUUCUUAUCCCAUAUGUCGACAAGUGGCAUUCGUUGAUGCUAUUUUGGCUAAGACCAGAGAGACAAAUACGUCCUCAGGUAUUGUCGCCCAAGAAGAGAAGACGUAGGAGAGCAGCAAUGCAGUUCUACUUUGUGGUAUUUUUGUUGAUGUUCACAUUAACCGUAAUGAUAUUUGCUCUACCACUGAUUAUAAGAGAUUUCUUUGGCGUUGAUCUACACCGUUACAUCCCAGAGAUUGCCAUUGACAUAUUCCAGCCUGAUUCAAUUCCAAGUACGAAGAAAGGAUUAGCUGGUUACAAGUUGUAUAUGUCAUCGAAGAAGAAUGGAUCAAGAAAGCUUUAG